AUGGUUUCUCUGAGAUUUUCCUAUAAUCUGCUUAACCUGUUAUUGAAAUUUGGCUAUGGCCAACCAAUGUCUCUAUUUCCAGUUGACUAUGGUUUGCAGACAACUUGCCAGGGUUCUUCCUCUAAUGCCCAAUUGGAUUUAACCCAAAUUCAGUCUUCAGUCUUCCGUCUACAGUCAUUGGAGUGGUUUCCAGGCAUACCUGAGGUGGUUUUUAGGUGUGGAGAAGCAGUUUCUUGUUGGGUUUUUGCUGCGAUGAGAGAUCUUGGAAUUGGGUUAUUGAUUAGCAUGUUGAAGAGAACUGUGCUUGCUGCUUUCACCUGCAUUUUUGCAUUGGGAGGUGCAAUAGUUGGAACCGUUGUAGGAGCAAUGAAAGGCCAGACAACAGAAACUGGGUUUUUAAGGGGAGCUGGAAUUGGUGCUGUUGCAGGUGCUAUCACAGCUGUUCAAUUGCUGGAAUCGUUGGCUGAUGGAGAGUCAUUGUCCAAGGUAGCCUUAUUAGUUAGCUUAGUAAAUGGUAAGGUCUUCAUCGAAUGGGUAAGUCCAGCAGUGCUAAAAGCUUAUCAAUGGCAAAUGAACUCACUAGAAUCGACAUACAGAGAAAUCUCAGACAUAUAUGAUGUAAAUGGAGCAAGGGGUCUGUCUAGAUGUUGCAUUCAAAAGCUUCCAGUGCAUGAAUUUCAUUCCAGUGAGAUGAUCAGGGAGGAAUCUUCUUGUUCCAAUUUGCUUACGAGUAAGAACAAUGACUUAUGA